GCUUGCUCUUGGAUGCGAGUCUCGAACUUGACCCGAUUGCCAAGGAAAUUGGUCGGGAAUUAUUCUUCUGUGUGUCACUUUUUCGCCUCGCCGGUGAAUCCGUGAGUGAGCGUGGAUUUUAUGGAUGCUUAAACAAGGGAAAAAGAAAAUGGAAUGUCAGUUAAAUCUUUCGUGAUUAAUAGCGAUUUCGUCAGGUCCUGAGAAAAAAUUACAUAAUCCUGCUGAAGAUGCUCGGGGAUGUUGUGCUGUGUUCUAACUGCAAAUUCGUGUCUCCGGUCGUUACAGUGGAGAAAGCCAUAUCAGGAAUGGCGGGCUUAGAUCUCUUAGCCCGGAAGAGCCUGGAACGUAGCAGUGAAGCUUCCAUUUUGAUCUCUGGCUCUUUCCUUAGCAGCAACGAAUCCAAACAUCAAGAUCAUUGGUCAUGGAGACAUCUCAGAGAACAGUUCUGCAUAAAGAAUGCGGAGUCCCUUUUCGAGAAGUACCAAUCCCGUCUUCAGCACGCUAUGCUUUUUCUCAUACUCACUGCCAAUGUUUUAUCGGGAGCGGCAGCCAUUUUGCUGCUAUGUCUUUAUUCAGAAAACUCCAUUAAUAAUUUAAAAACUCCUCUUGGGUUCAGAAUUGCUCUAACUUCUGCUAGUCUCGUUCUCUACAUCAUAAGUUACCAGGAGCGUUGGUUCUUCAGCGCCUGUUCCAGACUCAUUGUAUCGUUCCUCAUCCUUACUUUAACGGUAGCGGCAGAGAUGGCCUCCAGCAUUCGUAACUUAACUGUCGGGCUGUCGGCUUCACCACGUUUCUCGGCAUAUCCACUACUUAGUGCCACCAUCUUCUUGCCGUUUCCGAAAUGGUACCAAGUGGGCCUGGCUGCUGCUUUUGUCACGGUCACAGAACUAGUCAUCGCAGGUUUCAGCUACCAGUUACAGGGGGAGAUUAAUGCGCGCCAGAUGUCCACCGACGUCAUCUGUCACGUGACCGUUGCCCUCAUGGGACUGUACAUCCGGUUUCUGAUGGAGUUCACCAACCGGAAGGCAUUCCUCGAUCGGAGAGAAUGUUUCGAGAGCAAAUUCCAUCUCGAGUAUGAGAAAGAUCAAGAGGAACGUCUUCUUUUGAGUGUUCUACCCAAGCAUAUCUCGGUACAGGUGAGGGAAGGCAUCCGUGAGGUUAUUCGUCGGAUCAAUCUCGACCCCGUGCCUCAGCGUCCUUUCACAGAACUCUUUGUCGAAAAACAUCGGAACGUUAGCAUUCUGUACGCUGACAUCGUGAAUUCUGUUGCCUUGACAGCAUCUCUACACGUGAGUGAACUCGUGGAAACGCUGAACGAAUUGUUUGGACGCUUUGAUGACAGCGCCGAGCGCAAUUCGUGCCUUCGUAUUAAGUUACUGGGUGACUGUUACUACUGUGUAUCCGGGGUACCAGACAGCGAUCCCCAACAUGCUGAUCACUGUGUGCAGAUGGCGUUAGAUAUGAUAGACAUUAUCAGAAAUUUUCGUGAGGAGACACAUGUCAAUGUUGAUAUGCGCAUAGGUGUUCACAGCGGUAAUGUGCUUAGUGGAUUACUUGGCCUUCGCAAAUGGCAAUUUGAUAUCUGGUCCCGUGAUGUCACUAUUGCCAGCCGUAUGGAACAGUCGGGAAGACCAGGAUGUGUGCAUGUGAGCAGAGCCACGAAAGAUUUGCUCCAAGGCAAAUAUAACAUUGAACCUGGCAAUGGAAACAUAAGGGACGAGUACUUGAAUAAACUGGAUAUGGAAACAUUCUUCAUCACCCCUUACAAGAAGAACCAAUUAAAAAGGGAUUCUUUAUACGUCCCUAUUCAUUCUGACAGAAGCCCUGCUCAUUCAACAAGACGCAUUUCAUCUCUAAACCAAUCUAAAGCACAAAGAAAAUUGUCAUCGGCUACAGAAAUUUUAUCAUCCAGAAGACGAACAGUUUUAGGAUUCAGCUUAUUACAGUUCCGCCAGAUGGUCAGUCAAGUCAACGAGUUCAUGGAGACCGCCAUCGACGCUAUGGCUCUAAGUAAGAAAGACCAGUGGUUUAAACCAGAAGGCAUUCAACCAUUGCUGCUGACUUUCCAUGACAGAUCAGUAGAAGUUCCAUUCCUAAAGCAAAAAGAUCCUUUAUUUAAAUAUUCACUGCUGUCUACACUUUUCAUGUGCUUCGUAAUUAUUACUGUGAGCGCUCUCGUCAAGCCAAGCAUGAAUUACUUGUGGAUAGCUGGUUGCACGGUAUUUUUAAUCUGCAUCACCAGCGUCAUCUGUUCGUGGUUGGCUGUCAUUGCUGGUAAACUAAAGAAAUCUUCGAAGUUGCAGUUUAUCAUUAUCUUCCAGAAAGGGUUUAGCAGCGUCCUCAUUCGCACUAUUCUGUUCACUCUUCUUACUCUCCUGUUGAUGACUGUGGCUAUGAUGGGGUUGGAAGGCUGUCGCAUGGACUCUUAUAUCCCCAGCUUUCCAAAAAACACCACAUUCUCCGAAGAGAAAGAUAUCGCAUGUGAACAUCCAUGGUAUUUUACAUGGUGUGCCAUUUUGUCAAUGAUCUCAAUAUCAGUGUUCCUGCGGAUACAUUUUCUCAUGAAACUGCUGGUAAAUGGAACAUUGGUCGCUGCUUUCUCAUACAUUAUUCAUUCGAAGACGGAACUCUUCAAUAAGCCAUAUAUCCAAGAUUGGGAUCAAGUUCCAAGAGGCGUCGACCAAUAUUGGUGUUUGCUAGUCACAUUAUUCACGUUGCAUCUGCUGGACAGACAGGUAGAGUAUAUUGGUCGUCUGGAUUACUUGUGGAAGAGGAAGCUCAGGAAAGAGCAAGAAGAAGCCACCACAAUGGGUCUCGUAAACAGAACUCUGUUGCAAAACAUACUCCCAGUUCAUGUAGCACAGUAUUAUCUCACGAAAGAGUCUAUGCACCUUGAUUUGGACUUAUAUCAUGAAGAGUACAGCUCUGUGGCCGUCAUGUUUGCAUCUAUACCCAACUACAUGGACUUUUACAGCGAAUCUCUUCUUAACGAUGAGGGUCGGAAAUGCCUUCAAGUAUUGCACGAAAUUAUAUGCGACUUCGACAAGUUACUGUAUGAACCGCCAUUCUUGAAAUUGGAGAAAAUAAAAACUAUUGGGAGUACUUACAUGGCUGCAGCUGGUUUACAGCCAGGAAGAAACUCUAGUAGAACUUCUUAUGAGAGUUUUGGUCCUGAAGAAGAUGGUACUCAGAAUGUUCUAGUCAUGACCAAAUUCGCGAUGACAAUCAUGGAUGUGCUUCAAGAAAUGAAUAGGCACAGCUGGCAGCAAUUUCAUCUCAGAAUAGGAAUUGCCAUGGGACCUGUUUUGGCGGGUGUAGUCGGUGCUUCUAAACCUCAGUACGACAUAUGGGGAGAUACCGUCAACAUUGCCAGUCGAAUGGACAGUACUGGAGUCACCGGAGCUAUUCAAGUUACCGAAAGAGUUGCUUCCAUUUUGCAAGAAAGCGGGAAAUAUGAUGUUCAGUGUAGAGGACAAAUUUUUAUCAAAGGGAAAGGAUGGAUGACUACAUACUUAGUACAUCAGACGGAAAGCACAAGAUUAUAAAGGGCCCUGACAAAGAAGAAGUAAUGCCAACCAUUAUUUUCAGUGAAAAUCGAUCUCACUUGUGAAUUUCGCGUUAAUUUUUACUUUGGUUUUUUAUAUUCAAGCUGUUUAGCUUUGAUUGGGAUGAAGUCACAUGAAUUAUUGUUACCUUCACUAUCAAGGAGUAAAUUAUUGUUGCCGUCAUUCUCAAGAAGUGACUAUUUGUUGUUUUCAUUCUCAUAGAUUGAAUCAGUGUUGCCUUCAUUUUCAAGGAGUAAAUUAUUAUUGUCUUCAAUCUCACAAACUGAACUUUUGUCUUCACGCCAGAGACUAUAUUUUCAUUCUUACGAAGUGAAUUAUUUUUGACUUUAUUUGCGGAAUGAAAACUGUUUGACUGAGAGAAUUUAUUUUAAGAAAAGAAUGUUUUACAAAGAUUACAAAGAUAAUUUUUUACAAAGUUUUAUUUAAGAUCUCUUACUAAUUUGUUUGAUGAGAUAAUUUAUUGUUACACAGUUGAUAACACUUAAAACACAUGGCGCAAGCUUGUAUAAGAAAUUUUUAGGCAGUAUUAUUUGCAUAUCAGACUUUAUGCGAUAUUUUAUAAGCUGUAAUUCUAACGUGAUACUUGUCUAUGAUACGAAAGUCUAUUGCGUUUCUUAAUUUCAAAAUAUUUAAAUAGAUUUUUAAUUAUCUCUGUACAACUAUUUGCUUUCAUCUUCUAAGAACAUGUCGCAAUUGCGCAGCAGUUCGCGAAAAAUGUUUCAAGUUUAUCAUUUUGCCAUACGAUCAAAUGUUGAAAAAAGCAUCGAUAAAUGAAUUAUCGUUCAUACAUAAUUGUAAAUGACCCUUUGUCUUCAGAAGUUUUUUGUUUCAUCAGUGGUGUACAGUACUGAUAACAUUUGAGGGGAAAUUAAGCAUUUAAAGAUAAAAUUUUUGCCAAUACCCAGAAAGUUGCUUCCUUAAUUCAUUGAAAGAAUGUGAACAGAUAUUUAUCGAAAUGUUGUGUAAUUUUGUAUAUAUUGUUUCGUUGCAUUUUGUAUUGUGAAAUAAAGAUAUUUAUCACUCUA